AUGGAAGAACUUUCCGAACUGGAAGACCAUCCCGACAUGGAAAACCAUCCCGACAUGGAAGACCAUCCCGCCCAUUGGGCUGAUACCCUCAUGGGAUUGGAUUUCUGGACGGAUUGUACUAAAUACGAGCUGCAGCUCUCUGAGCAGAAGAAUGCUCGAAAUGACAUGACUCUCCACACACGCUUUCCCUUCAACCUGGGUCUCGAGGACGCUCGAACCUCGCACAGAGCAGGUACAAGCCCGGCAGCAAUCCCGGCGACAAUCCCGGCCGCUAUUGAUAGACACAAAAAUCGCAGUAUUUCCGAGCUUCGAGUGUUGACUGGGGCACUCCGUCACCAGGCAGCAUCCCGACUCCGUGAUUUUACAAGCCGUGCACUUACUCCGGAGCCCAAAAAGCCCCAAGAAGUCUGGUCAUCCCCUUUAGCCCCUAGGAUCCAUUUCACGUCUCGCAUCAAAGAAUACAGUAGUCCCAUUCCCAUUGAUGGUCCAAGGUCAAUCUUCCCGGAUUGGGAAAUUCGCCCAUCGACAGCUUCUACUACUAGUACAUCUUCCUCUGCUGUCUUUGAAGCUGCUACGCCAUCGAAGCCAUUGAUGGGGUUCCAUGAUGUUUCGUAUUGGGAUGGUCUUUCCCGAAAGAAGCAUACCCUCGGCAUCGACCUUUUCUGGCCGAAUACGAAGCAUGAUGUCGAAUUCAAUUGCCUGAAAUUGGAAGAUCUCAAGCCGCUUUGCGAGUUCCGAAACCUGCGCAGCCUUAAAAUCACGGGCAUGCUGCAGUCGUACCAGACCUACAUCUGGCAGGCUGUGUGGCUAAACCUUCAUUUAGAAGAACUGGAGCUCAGCAUGAUUUUAGAACCGGCAAUCAUCGCCAUGCGCGGACAGCUGAUUCAAGAUGACUGGGAGAUAGAUCGGCGUCAAAAUAAUAUUCCCGUCUAUUAUGGCGAUGGUGAUGGUGAGUUGCAUCCGAAGUUUGGAUAUGGUGAAUACCUCGACAAGAAAAUCAUGGAGAAGGCCAAGAUCCGCGCCAUGGGCAUGGGUAUUACUAGCCGCCGUAUCUCGAUCCGAAAGCUUACUCUCAGCGGAUUUGUCGUUGAUGCCGACCCUUUUAUUCAAUGGUUCGAUCCCGAGAAGUUGCGGAGUAUCUGUUUCAAGGGCGAGUGCAUUGAUGCUGGUCUCUGGUUACCUCCGUACAUGCAAGUGUCAAUUCGAUUCCCGAAACGCAUGGAUCUGGAGGCCAUUCCGGCUGGUAUUGUUCAUGUUGAUGUGAAGAGUGAUGUGAAUCUGGUGAACUGCACCAAAAGCAAGAUCUGA